AUGACGUCCACCUCCAUCAAUACUAAUCCACAAGAACCAAUGCUGAAUCAAACUUUGAAUCCGUCAAUGGACAACCACCAUCAUGCUACUCAUGCUAUCCAGGUCGAGCAUGCUUCCUCUCUACCUUCGAUUCAUUCCAUUCAGGCACUCUCUCACCACCCUCAACAACAAGAUCAGAAUUCACCAGUACUACCCAAAAUUGCAACUUUGCAACAACAAAGUCAAGUUUCUCAUUUACAGAUGGAUGAAAAGAAAAAUGAAGCUGCUCCUUUAAAUAGUAAAUCUUUGAAUGGUUCAUUGAAAAUAGAAACUAAGAGGGGAAAUACCCCUGAUGAACAGGUAAAGAAAGAGACCGAACGGAUGGUUCCUAAUGCCAAAACUAUAACAACGACCCAGUCGAAUGGCGCAACAACAACAAAGCAGAAUAUGACCACCCCAACAUGUAAGAACUGUAAGACCCAAACAACCCCCCUAUGGAGAAGGGACGAAUCUGGUCAGGUGCUUUGCAAUGCUUGUGGUCUCUUCCUUAAACUGCAUGGCCGGCCAAGACCUAUAUCCUUAAAGAGCGAUGUCAUAAAGUCAAGAAAUAGGGUAAAACAUAACAACAAGUCUUCACCAAAUACACCUGAACUUAAAGCUAAGGAUUCAAACAAUGGCAUUGGUGCUAAUGGACAAGCUGCGAAUAAUUCAAAUGGUACAAUGAAUAGUAAAAAUUCAACAAAAUUCUUACCUAAACAAUACAAACCUAACAACAAGUCCUCCAAGACGAAGAAGUGCAACAGUAAAGAUACCAAAUCCUCCAAAAAUAAGAAGGAGGACGAUAAUAUUACCAAUCACAAUAGCAAUAACAUCAGCAACAGCAACAAUAACGCUAACAUCAAUAGUAUGACACACUUGAGUUCAAUCACUUCUCCAAAUCUUUUGCCACUUUUACCAAGAAACCAUCUUGGAGCUUCAACUCUGCCUCCAGGAACCCCCUACACUUACGGCACGCCUACAAAUCCUUGGCUGAACAAAUCACAAGCCACCAAUAUCCAGUCAUUACAUUAUCCCUCCUCAACCCCAACUCACUUUGUAUCCGACUUGAAUAGAAUUACAUCACCAUUGCUCUUGUCAACUGCAAACCCCCCAAAGUUGAAUGUAACACCUUCUCAGUCACAGUCAUCCGAGAGAUCGUCCUCUGUUAAUGGCGUCAAUCAACAAGGCAUGAAUUUGAAUAGAGAUGCGGUCUUGAAUGCUGCAGGUGCUUUGGAGAUCUUGAGCCAGCAUUCUACAAACUCAAACGAUCUUAUCCCAGGUAUGAGAUUGAACUCUCCUAGAGUCACACCGGUGUCAAAGGGUAAUUCAUUUUCGGAAAAGUUGCCACCAAUAAGUUUGUUACAAAGUAAAGAAUUCGAUAAUACAAAGUCGGAACCCACACAUUUACAUAAUCUCUUAUCUCCACAACUCAAUAACGCCGUCCGAAAUAACCCAGUUCCCUUACCUCCUUUGAAAUCUUUAACAAGCCCUCCAUUGACUGCUCAAGGUGUAUUAGGUUCGUCAUCAUUGCCAUAUCCUCAGCAACACCAUGUUGAUCAACAUGAGCUACAGAAGCAGAGACAGCAGCAAGAGCAAGAGCAACAAGAGCAAGGCCAGCAGGUGAGACAUCAGGGCCAAGUACAACCACAACCACAACCACAAUCACAACAGCAGCAACAGCAGCAACAGCAGCAACCAGGGCAGGAAGUACAGAAAGAAGUAGCUGGAGCUCCUAAACAAAUGUCAGUUAGCCAUCCAAUCAAGAAAACCCUAUCGUCAUCGAACCCCCAACUUCCUUCACUUAGAAAUGUUCCUGGUAUUUCGAGUGUGAUAUUCAGCAGUGACGAACAACCAAGAAGCUUGAGCAUGAACAAUCUUCCAAAUGAAAGUAACGGUGAUGUCAGUGCUUUGAAUAUUAAUAACGGUCCAAUCAAUUCGUCAAUUUUACAAGAGGAAAAUGAGUUGCUCAAGACUAGAAUCAACGAGCUUGAAUUGGUGAAUGAGUUAUACAAGACUAGAAUUGCAGACUUGGAAUCUCUAGAUUCCAUAAAUCGUGAAACUAUAAAAGAACUCGAGAUGCAAAUCCAGAAGUCGAAUAAAAGGUUGGCCGAGGAAAAUGAUAAUUUUGAUCGUCUUCAUUCAGAUAAAAAGGUGAAGGUUGAAGAUCAAAAUUAG